UGUACAAAUUUGUAUACAGUAGUUUGCAGUAAAACUAAACACAAUAAGUCGUUCAGUUAGUGUAUAUUUCAGUUCACAGUAUAAUGUAUGUUGUCAUCAUAACAAAUCGAAUGAACUAAAACACAUUACGGAAAUGUUUAAAUCAAGUUUUUUAGUAAUAAUCGUAGGAGUAAUAAUUUGGUCGUCACAAGCAAAUGACACUAAGGAGUCAGAAUGUAAAGAAAAAUUAGAACAAGAAUUGCGCGAGUAUGUCAAAUUGGAUGGUUGGCAGAAACUUUUCACACGACAUUUCAAGUUUAUUGUCAAUGAAAAUGGUGAACUCUUAAGUGAAAGAAAACGGCUAAAAUUUAAUACAAUUAUACAUAACGCAAUAUAUGGGUGCAAUCAUGAACGUGACGACGAAGUAGAUGACUGUCCAAAUAUUUACCAUGGAAGUAUAAAGUCAUGUAAACAUGGAAAAAAUAUAAGAUCUGCCAUGUUUAGGGCGGCGAGAUGUAAUUUUGUUGAAUCAUCUGUCAAGCAUAUUGUUCUGAGUGAUGCUUUGUUAAAUGCAUAUCCAUUAAACAAGUUUGACAAAAUAGAAACUUAUGUCGACCAACCAAUUAGAGAAUUUGGUGAAAAUGUUGUCAACAUGCUAAGCAUACUUUCUCACGGUGAAACAGAAGGAUUCGGUGAAUUAAUGGCUUUAAAUUUAUACUUAAACAAUAUAUAUGAUACUGUUUUUAUACAAAAGAUACCAGUUGAACCAGUGACGUCAUUAGUUGAUAUAGAAGUUGCUAAGAAACAUAUAAAAAAAGUUCAUACUAUGAUUUUAGAUAAAUUGUAUACAGUUUGGGACACUUGGUGUAGCGACAAAGACAUAGUGACUCAGUAUCGAUUAAAAUAUAAAAACGAUGAAUACAUAGUUAUAUUAGACGAAAUGAACAAGAAUAUCGAAGAUACUGAAGAAUUUAUUCGUAGCUUAAAUGUUUCUGAUAAUGUAGUGGAUUUAGAUUUCGACCCCGAAAAAAUAGCACUAAUGGGUUUUGUGAACCAUCUAAUUUCAAAUACACCCAUGCCAAAUGAACUUUUGAUGGACUUGAAGUUAAAAUCAUUUGAAGCGACGUAUGAAUUUAACCCAUAUGCUAUGUACACUUAUCAUAAGUCCAUAUUCAAAACGGUAUACAUUUGUUUUUAUUGGAUGACAAUAACACACUUAAAACUAGGUAUUCAAUUUAUAGACGAAAUAGAAAAUUAUAAAGUAACUAAAUACCGUACGAGUUUUAUAAUUAACUUUAUCAAAUAUAUACGACCCCUAGCUAUAUUCGAUAUUAACCGAUCUCAGUUUGCAAUAAAAUUGUCUCCUGAUGCUUCACAGAAUUUAACUGAUUUGCUUUCCUUUUUAUUAAAGUAUUUAACAAAUUCAAAUUUAGAAGAUGUAAUUUUAUUAUCAAGACUAGAAAUUCAAAAAUUCGUAAAUUUAUUAAGUGCUGAUAUGGAGGCCAUGUUAAAUAUGAAAACACCACCUAACUAUUAUUUUGAUGCGAUAAGUUAUGAAAAUGUAUUGAAAUUAAUACGAUCAAAUUACCGAGUUUUUAGUCGCUUUGUCUUAGCAAUAAGUGGCUUUAAAAAAGAUCGAAUGAAUGUGAAUAAAUUAAAGAAAUCUUUCUUUUUUUUGUCCGAAGCCAUAGAGUUUGAUAGCGAUUUAUAUUUGUAAGUUUUGUUAUUGAAUUAUAAUAAUGUGACGUGUUUUGUUUGUAAAUAUCCAUUUUGUAUCCUGUUAUUUAAAUUAAUUGCUUAGUUUUAUUAACGUAUGUUUACUUUAAGUGUGUAUUGUUAUACUUAGCUAAAUUUAUUUGCUUAUUUAUUAAGAUAAUAUGUUUUAUUUACUCUUUAGACUUUAAUAUUUAGUAAUAAUAUAAUUCAUAUGUAUUUUAAAAUCACUGAUUAAUUGUUAGUAAUUUAUUAAUGAUAUUUGUAGCUUAGGUGUUUGAUUUUUCUGGAAAAGAAUAAUUGUACAUUUAAAUUUACAUUCAAGCUAUUUAAAUAA